UUGUUUUAAAAAUGAUUUUAUUUUUCUACUAUCGCAUAGAGCAUAAGAUUGCUGCUACAUGUUAAUAUACUAAAAUCCUGAAACCCUAAUAAUCUGAGAACAACCAUGUUUCGCUAUUUGUCUUCUUCAAUCUUCCAUGCCCCUCGAUCUUUUCUCGCUGCAUCCAAAUCUUCACUUUCAUCUCAUCUCGGAUAUGUUAGAGGAUUUUCAAGUGCAAGUAGGGGUUUGAAUGGGUUGAAUCAAAGCGAAAAUGUGAAUGCAAAUCCAAGUGCUCGUCCAAAUUUUAUGCAGGAUAGAGAGAAUAUUAACUCCAAAAGUGAGAACAAUGCUGAGAGUGGUGGGAGUUUCAGGCAUAUGGACUUUGUGAGAGGAGUUGUAGACGAAGAUACAAGGGGUCUUAUGGGGGGUUUUAUGGGGGGUUCAUACAAUCAAUAUCUUUAUGAGCAUGAUGCUGAUUAUGUUCAUAUAAAGAUGCUGCGUAACAAUACCUUUGUUACAGUGACCGAUGCUAAAGGAAAUGUAAAACUUAGCGGGUCUGCUGGUUCCUUGAAAGACAUGAAAUCGGGACAAAAGCUCUCUAGGUAUGCUGCGGAAGCAACUGCGGAAGUGGUUGGACGACGAGCUAGAAGUUUGGGGUUGAAGUCUGUUGUAAUGAAAGUGAAUGGAUUUACUCAUUUUCGGAGGAAAAGGCAAGCAAUAUUAAGCUGGAGGGAAGGAUUUACUGAUUCUCGAGGGGAUAAAAAUCCAAUUGUAUACAUUGAAGAUACAACUCGUCGUCCCCAUAACGGCUGCAGACUGCCAAAGAGUCGACGUAUCUAGUUAUUUUUAUUGAGAUGGUUGAAGAAUCGUUAUUUGACUUUGGAUGAUGACAUAGUUUAGGUGCAGAUUUUGGCAUAUGCUGUUUAUUUUCCUCCUGUUGAGCAUAUUUUCAUUAUGACUUUGUUUCAUACCUGUAUGCCUACAUUUUGUACAAUAAUAACCAGAAUUUUUGUAGCAGGGUCUACUGAAAGGCUAUGUAUUUUCAUUUUGAAGGUUUGGGGAUCAAAUUAUCAUUUCCAAGGAAAGGAUGUAGUAAAUUCCUCCUCAAAUAGUCAAAUUUCAAUUCCUUCUUCCAUCAAAUUAAAACCUGAAUUGUAUUU